CCAGCCUUCUCUCUCUCUCUCUCUCUCUCUCUCUCUCUCUCUCUCUCUCUCUCUCUCUUACCCCCACACACACUCUUUCUAUAAAUUCAGUCCAUGUAGACGGUAGACCUUCUCCCCCAGAAGACCCGCCUUCUUAUACUAGUUUUCUACAGCGUGAUCAAGUACAUCUCUCUCUCUCUCUCUCUCUCUCUCUCUCAGAGGUUCAAAUUCUGCUCCGAGUCCAUGAAACUCAUUUUCACCUCCUAAACUAGUCUCAAAAACGCAUAUAGCGCGCGCGCACUCACGCACGCUCAUGUAGGUUUAUCACUUCUGAAUUAUAUUGUCACGCAAUUGUAAGAAAAAAGGAAAGGGAAUAAUCAUCAAACCCUAAGUUGCAUAACAUGUCAGCAGCAAUCGCCGCCGCCGCCGGAAGAAGCCGGUGCAACUCUAGCACCAGCGGCAGUUCCUUGUCGGAAAGUAGUGUCGGCAACCAACAACAGCAGCUUUCACUGCCUCAUCAUCCACCACCGUUGAGCCGGUACGAAUCCCAGAAGCGCCGAGACUGGAACACAUUCGGGCAGUACCUACAAAACCACCGCCCACCGCUCGUCCUCCCCCGAUGCAGCGGGGCCCACGUGCUCGAAUUCCUCCGGUACCUCGACCAGUUUGGCAAAACCAAGGUCCACGCGGCCACCUGCCCUUUCUUUGGGCACCCCCACCCACCAGCGCCUUGUCCUUGUCCGCUCAAGCAAGCCUGGGGCAGCCUCGAUGCCCUCGUAGGCCGUCUUAGGGCAGCAUUCGAGGAGAAUGGAGGCUGCCCAGAGACUAACCCUUUCGGGGCUCGAGCAGUUAGGCUUUACUUAAGGGAGGUCAGAGAGUCUCAGGCUAAAGCUAGAGGGAUAGCAUAUGAGAAGAAGAAGAGGAAGAAACCACAGCAAGGGAAUAAUAAUAAUAUUGUUGGUUCAAAGAAUGGAGGUGGUGUAAUAAUGGGUGGUCAUCGUGAGUUAAGUUUUAACCAGGGGCAGAAUGGUGUUUUCGGUAAUUCUUUUGAAAGCAUUGGAGGAGGUGCUAUGGUUGGGUCAACGGAGGGUCGGAGCUCCAUGAUUCCUCUAUCUGUGUUGAAUUAGCUAGAUCGAUCUGGGUGAGUACUAGUAUAUAUUAGCAUUUUAUGUUAAUAUAAUAAUUAGUACGUACAACUAGCUAGUAUUAUUAAUUAUUACUAGGAUCGAAAAGUAGAAGCUAGCUAGCUAGUUCAAAAAACUAGGGUUUGUUGUGUUCUUUUUCCUUAUCGGAUCAAACAAUGGUUUGUUGUUGAUUUAAUUUUGUUGUGUUGAUUUUAAUUAAUUACUCCCUCCGUUCCUAAA